UGCUCAUUUCAUGACUUAGAAUGACUGAAGAAAUCAGCGUGGAGAAAAUAAAUCAUGGGGAAAUUAAUGAAGAAUACGCUUACUUAGAACGAGGGGGUUUCUCUUCAGAAAACUUCAAGAUUGAGUUGCGCGGGCUUCCAAAGUUUUAUGGAAUUGCCGAACUGAAAAAACUAAUAAACCAGAAGCUAGGUCUUAAAACUAGCAAAAUCAAGAGGCCUAAGAAUGGAAGCCACUGGCUCUACGCAUGCUUUCAAAACGACGAGGAGCGGACUAAGGCUAUAGCCGCCCUGAAUGGCUACUCAUGGAAGGGGAAGACACUUGUUGCUGAAGUAGCCAAACCCGCACCAGAUCCAUUUGUACGGAAGAGGAAACAAGAGGAAGAGGGAGACAGGAAUGAUAAGAAGAAAAAGGAAGAUAAUGGAAAGAGUCAAGAGGAAAGACUCAAAGAUGCCACCACCCCAUACUGGAGAAUGCCUUAUGAAGAACAGUUGAAAGCAAAAGAAAAGGAGAUCAGACAAGUUCUACAGAAAAUGGACAAUGAAAUAUGGAAAAUAAACAAAAACCUAAGAAGUCUUAUAGAAGAGAACCGCAAGAAGUUUAAUGGAUUAAGUUUUGAAUUGUUACCGAUAGAAGCUUCUCCCGUGACUGAAGGGUACAGAAACAAGUGUGAGUUCACAGUGGGUAUUGAUGAUGAGACAAAGUUGCCAACAGUCGGGUUCAGGCUUGGCAGCUAUGUGACGGGCACUGUAGGGGUGGCGCCGGUGCAAGGCAUGAUACAUGUGUCUGAAGAAGCUAAGAAAGCUGUUUUGAUAUUCCAAGAGUUUGUGCGUAAGUCGGGGAUGGCUCCAUUCUCCCCGGCCGACUACUCGGGCUACUGGAGGUACCUCACCGUGCGGAACUCCAAGAGCACCGGAGACGUCAUGCUGAUAGUGGCCAUGCACCCUCAGCAACUGAGUCCCGAAGAGCUGGACAAGAUCAAGAAGGAUCUGGCGGCGCACUUCUCUAGCGCGGCAGCGACGGCGGACUGCGCGGUGAAGUCGCUCUACUUCGAACUUAUCACUAAAAAAAAAUCAGGAGAAGAAGCGGCUAAGCCGGAGCUCCUCUGGGGGGCGUCCCACAUCAUGGACUCCAUCCUCGGACUGCACUUUAGGAUAUCCCCCGAGGCAUUCUUUCAGAUCAACACGGCUGGCGCGGACAUUCUGUAUCAAAAGGCGAUCGAAAUGAGCGCGACCACGGAGCAGUCCACCGUGGUCGACAUCUGCUGCGGUACCGGCACCAUCGGACUGUGCUUCGCCAAGCACUGCAACAAAGUCCUCGGCCUGGAACUAAUCGAGGAGGCAGUGAAGGACGCUCGCGCGAACUGCGAGCACAACGGCGUUUCAAACUGCGAGUUCUUCGCGGGGCGCGCCGAGGACACGCUGCCCUCCGUGCUGGCGCGGGCGGGGGGAGGCGAUGUGGUGGCCAUCGUGGACCCGCCCAGGGCUGGGCUGCACAUGCGAGCCAUCACCCAACUGCGCAACACUCAGAAGGUCACCCGGCUGGUCUACAUAUCCUGCAGCCCGGCGUCAGCAGUGAAGAACUUCGUGGACCUGUCGCGAGCCUCGUCCAAGACGCUCCGAGGAGCCCCCUUCGUGCCCGUGCGCGCUGUGCCCGUGGACAUGUUCCCUAAUACCCGGCAUGUCGAGCUGGCCAUACUGUUUGAGAGGGAGAAGAAGAUCGAUGAGGUGCCUGUAGAAGACGAUGGGCCAGCAAUGGAUGUGGAGGCAAGUGAAGAGGUCAAGCAAGAAACAACUGCCAAUGAUGCCGUGGAGACCAGUGUAGAUAAUAGUAUAAAGGAAGAUUAAAUAUAUUUUAUAUAAUUAUCUAUCGUUGUUUUACAAGGUGUAAAAUAUAAUAAAUGAUUAAAAUUUUAAA